CAAAAUGCGUGGCUACAAAUUUCACAAGAAUGUGGGAGAAGUAUUGAUGAAGUUAAAAAGAAAAUUAAAAAUGUACGGACAGCAUACGUUACCGAAAAGAAGAAAGUUGACAGUUUAAAAAAAUCGGGUUCGUCAGCGGACAUGCUCUAUGAACCACAUUUAUUCUAUUUCGAUGAGAUGUCUUUUCUUGACUCCGUCGUUGUUUUACGGAAAACUUCAAGCAAUAUGAACAACAAAAAUGUGGAAAUUGCUGUAGAAGCCCUGGAAACCGUGGAUGACCACUUGAAUUUAACACUGACAGAAGACAUAUUACCAACACAAUCUCCUACGCCUUCUCCAUCAACAUCAACAUCAACAUCUUUAUCUGUACCAUCUUCAUCAUCGUCGUUGGUUCGUCGACGCCGCAAUCGAAGCUCAAAUAGUGACGCAAAAUUUGACCAAGCCAUCGAAGCUAUCGUUUCUUCUGCAACGACAUCUGAUAAGGAUAACGUGUUCACAUCAUUUGCAAAAUCUAUAGCCCUGCAGCUAGAACAAUUGCCACUAAUUGAAGCGACCGAAACGAUGUCCGAAAUUCAUAAUAUUGUAACGCGGAAAGUAAUUGGGUAUUUAGCAGCAUCUCAACAUCAGUCAAAUGGGAAUAGUGAGCACGAUAUUUUGGAGCUUGCUAUAGCCGACGCAGACAUAAGUUUCUAAAACCAAAUUGUGUUUGCUCCAAAUCUAAUUGAAACAGCAAAUUGACAAAUCAACUCCAAACGUUAUUAUCGUUGUUAUACACUGUGAUGUCACGAUCAGCAACAAUUGCAUCAAAAUAAGUAAAAGCCACCGCAGAGGCUUUUUAUUUAACUAAUCGCCCGUAAAUCGUUGACUAAAAUGGAGCAACAUUAGUUACGCAAAUCCCAGGAAAUGUCCACAAAACACCGCAUUAAUCAACUUAAGAAAAACUUGGGAACUGCAUACUGUUAUUAACACAUUUAUAGUCAGCAGAAGCUUCAUAUUUUUACUACUAUACUAUGAAAGACUAGACUAUAAAGACUAUGAAAGAAAAGAACUACUUUUUUAAGAAAAGGACUAUGGAACGAAGUAUUGCAAUGCUAUGUAUAAGCGAUAUACUAUUUUUUUUAAACAUAUUUAUGUACACUUGUGAUCAGCUAAUUAAGCCAGAAACAUUUUGAUCAAU